AUGUCAGAUCCAGACGUCGCAACGAAAGCUCCGGAGAGUGAUGCUCAAGAGACCAUAAUCCCUGGCGAUACACCCGCGCAAACAGGUCCUACGAUGGGCGAACAUUGCACAAGUGAUAGGCCAACUCCUGCCGGUCUGGCACCCAAGGGAGAAAUAAGGAAGCUCGGUGGAGUUGAUGUCUACCUUACAAAGCCAAAAUCGUAUCCGACAAACCCCUCCAAGCUCCUUCUUCUUCUAUCAAGUGGCACAGGGAUAAAGUCGACAAACAAUCAGAUUCAAGCGGAUAAGUAUGCUGACGAAGGUUUUGUUGUCGUGAUGCCCGAUCUCUUCGACGGCAACCCGGCACCCAACUCCUCUCCCGUCCCCGAUGCUGAGGCUCAAGGAACCUCAUUCCUUGAAAAACUCAAACUGAAGGCCGUCGAGCUCGCGAAGUCCCUCGUAAUCGACGAGUGGUUAGCACGCCACACGGAAGAAAAAGUAAUGCCUAUAUUGGAGAAGGUCAUUGACGCAAGUAAGGGCGAAUUCGCCGAUGCAGUCGGUAAUGGAGGCGGCAUUUAUGCGGUAGGUUACUGCUUUGGCGGGCGUUACGUCCUGCUCUUAGCGAGUGAACGAACCAUCGUACAGAGAGGUUGGUCGGGCGCUCAGAAGCCCGCCGACGAGGAAGCGGGCGAGGGAGCCAAACCCACAACGAAAGGUCCCUACAUCAAAGCUGGUGCAUUGGCACAUGCCACAUUAGUCUCGCCUGAUGAUUUUCAGGGACUAAAAGUACCGGUGAGCUUGGUCUGCGUAGAAAGCGACCCCAUGUUUCCUGAUGAAGUUCGUGAAACUGGGGAAGACCUGAUGUCUACAAACAAUCUGGAGCAUGAAGUCCAAGUUUAUCCUGGGGUCCCGCACGGCUUUGCAGUUAUCGGGGACUACGAUGAUGUGAAUAUCAAAGGAGCACAAGAAACGGCUUAUGAUCAGAUGUUAAGAUGGGUUAAGGAACAUUAG